ACUGGGCUGUGGACAGAUGUGUGGUUCUGGCUGUUGGCCUCUCCUCUCUGCGCUUUCAGUCGGAAUUCUUUCUGAUACAAUAAUAAUGUCAUCGCAAACCUGAGGAACCGGUUUGGGAGGCAACUGAGCCUUUGCCACGUCCACAUAUAGUCUGAGAAGCCAAACAGGUUAGUGUUUGGGCUGAACAUGGCUUCGGGACUCCAGGCUGAGUGCUGGACCGAGGAGCUAAACUGUGCCAUUUGUCUGGAGUUCUUCACUGAUCCUGUUAGUCUGGACUGCGGCCACAACUUCUGUCGCUCCUGUGUCGCCGGGAGCUGGGAAAAGCAGGAGAAAAACUCCUGUCCGGUAUGUCACCAAGUUACUGUGGAGAGGAACCUCCAGGUCAAUGUGGCUCUGGCCAAAAUGGUGGAGAAAGCUCGUGAAUUCAGUCUGGACCCGACACAGACGGCAGUUAAACGUCAGUGUGAGAAACACCGGGAGGACCUGAAGCUGUUCUGUGAAGAUGACAAGAAAUUGCUCUGUCUUGUUUGCAGAGAUGCGAAAGAGCACAGAGGUCACAGCUUUCUGCCCAUUGACGAAGCGGCUGAAAUCUACAAGGAUCAAGUGAAGUCCUCCAUAGCUUCUCUCACACAGAGGAAGGAAACUGCUCUACAAACUGAAGCCAAACAGAGAGAAAAGAUUUCACAAGUUAAGGAACAGGUGAAGAGUGUGCAGACUCACGUCACGGCUAAGUUUGCUAAAAUGCACCAGAGUCUGACGGACAGAGAGCAGCGAGUGAUGGGGGAUCUCAGACAGCGAGAGGAGGAGAUUCUAAAGCGAAUGGAGACAACUCUGCGAGAGAUUCAGGGAAAGUUAGAGUCGGUGGAGCAAGAACUCUCCGAGUUACAGACACAGAUGGGGAAAGACGCUCUCACCUUCCUACAGGAGGAAUCUGCUGCCAACAGAAGGUAUGGAAUGACCUUUACCAAAUAUCGCAGAAUUGAACCCACAAACCGCUCACAAGGUGCAGUUUCACUCUAUAAUGAGAUGGGGUCUUGUUUCAGGGUCAGUGACGAGGGGUUUGAUCUGUCAGUGUGUGAGGCAGAGCUGCCGGUGGCCAAGUACAAGUGGCCUUUGGACAACACCGUCUGGAGAGAGAUUAUAGACAGCGUCAGUCCAGCUCCGGUCUCUCUGACUCUGGAUCCCGACACAGCGAACCCGUACCUCAUCCUAUCUGAGGACCUGACCAGCGUGAGGACCGGAGACACACGGCAGCGGCUCCCGGACGGUCCCAAGAGGUUUAGUACAUAUCUCAUAGUCCUGGGGUCUGAGGGCUUCACAUCGGGGAGACAUUACUGGGAGGUGCAGGUGGGCAACAAGACAGAGUGGGCAGUGGGAUUGGCCCGAGAGUCCGUCAACAGGAAAGGAGAGAUCACAUGGUCACCAGAGGAUGGAUUCUGGGUUUUGCGGCUGAGAAACGGGGAUGAAUAUAGAGCUCUGACCUCUCCCUCCACUCUCCUGUCCCUGAGGGACAGACCCGGGAAGGUGGGAGUGUUCCUGGACUAUGAGGGGGGAGAGGUGACCUUUUACAACGCCGACAACAUGUCUCAUCUCCACACUUUCACCCACACUUUCACUGAGAAGCUUUAUCCUCUCUUCAGUCCCUGUUUGACCGACGGCGGCAAAAACGGUGACCCUCUGAGGAUCUGUCGGGUGACGGAUUGAUGAGGAGGGAACCCUCAGCCGUGACCUGUGUUUGGCGGUGAUGGCCACGAGGCUGAACCUUCAUAGUCUGUGUCGCUGUACAAUAAAGAUUGUGGUUUAUA